AUGGACUACUUCGCCGAUCAUGAAAUUGCUCAAGCUUCCAACUGGUUUUGCAACACUCAACCCUUACAUGAAGACACAGACAAAAUCACUGAGUUUUCGCCAUUUGAGGGUUUCCCUGAGUUUGAUUGGGGAAGUGAAGUAUCAUACCAAAGUAAUCACCUUUACAUCAACGACUUCAAGGAUCUUGAAAAUUUCAACUUCGAUUUCGAUUUCAACCUCCCACUUUUUCAUGAAAACUUUGAGGUUAACCAAAUCCCCCUUAAUCCUGUCUUUCCUGCAUUGGAACAUUGCAAUGACAAAGCUGAGAGCACCGGCGAGUGUAGCUUUGCUGAAUCUUCUGUUGAAAUCGAAAAUCGGUUUUCGAGUUUUGUGAAGAAAGAGGAGGAGGAAUACGAUGAUAAUCAAGAACAGAGUCCAUUGCCAUUGCCAUUGUCUAGUUGUGGUAAUAGUAGUUUGAUUAGGAGUAAGAAGUCUUCAUUGCCAUAUGAUGAGAUCAAGAAACAUUUUGAUGUUCCAAUAACACUAGCUGCUAAGAGAUUGAACAUUGGUUUGACCCUUUUGAAGAAGAGAUGCAGAGAGCUCAAGAUCACAAGGUGGCCUCACAGAAAAUUGAAGAGCUUGAUGCUACUAAUGGACAACCUUAAGGAAAUGGGAUUGGACAACGAGGUUGCUAUGUUGGAGAAGCAGAGAAAGUUGUUGGAGAAUAUUCCUGGUUUGGAAUUGAAUGAAGAAACCAAGAAACUGAGACAGGCUUGUUUCAAAUCAAAUUACCAGAAGAGAAGAUUGAUUACCUCCCAUCAAUGA